GUUUGAGGCUGGACGUGUGGAAGACACGGUUCAAAGAGGAUUGCAAAUAGCGCGUUCGACCUACAUAGUUCUCGACUUACAGCCAGUGACCUGGUAAUCUCCACUUUUCUAUAGGUGCCGAGAUUGUUCUGUGGAGGAAGCCCACUCGGUUGAGCUACUUCCAAUUUCGCAGAUCCAGUCUCGAGCCCGACGGGCUACGCUCUGAUGGAUGUCAUUCAUGUGCACUGGUUUUCAUUUCCUACAAGAGUCGUGGAAGACUGCACAACCCGCGCCCGACCUCGCAAAUAAUAUCAACACCAGAGCCCAAGAAGCCCCACUCGGGCAUCACGCAGGGGAAUCUUGGAACAUGCGGGGUCAUCGGCGAGUCCCGGACUCGACAGAGUUCACUCAUUCAUGUGAUGCACAUCCGCAAUGCCCCACAUGCACCGCAUCUUUUGAAAUCUGCCUCAUGUAUUCGCGGUAUCUGCUCCAUGUUCAAGCCAGCAAUUGCAAUCUAUCCAGAGUCCGGCAAGAGCGAGGGAAACUCACAAGUUGACAUCUACAAUCUCUCUCCUCCUCGAGUCCGGUCUCAAGUACCAGAAUCAGCUAGAGAAACGGAGAUAGCGCAGGAAUUUCACACUUUGUUCACUCAGAUUCCAGUAGCUCAAGGCGUACGGACUUGCAAACGUAUCAGAGCCUACGUCAUGGGGGAUUUAGAGGUGCCCACACCUGGAGAAUCUAGGGCUCCGGUGAUUCCAAUCGCCAAAUACUUGGAGAACUCCAAUUUGAGCACGUGUCAUCUAAAACGGAGAGAUAAGAUCCCACACAGUGACUCACAAGGACACGUCAGUCAUCGACUGUUCCCCAGUCGCACACGUCAGCGAGUGAGCAAUAUGUGCGGACGGGACAGGAGCCACAGAACAUUUGGAACCCGUGACGUGGAAGUCCUUCGUAUGCUGUACUUCUUCGGAAGAAGUUAGCAUUUCAAGAGCUCCCAGCUCUAUGGUUACAGUACAGUAGGUGUAGGACACCGUCAGGUCUUCCCUUCCGAGGGACCUUCCUCCCUACAUUGUCCACCUUCUGGGACAGCAACAUUUGGGUCUGGUUUUAACGAAUAAAAUC